GUUGGUUUGCCUCGUGCUUUGCGCGGAGUUACAUUUUCAACAUAUGCAGGAGAAAAGGUAACGGCCAACUAUGUAGUACACUAAUAAAGAAAACAAUUAGUUCUCUUUAUUGGAACGUUAGAGGCCGACUAGCAAAUUCAAUAUCAGAAUGAAGGACCCGUAUCAGUGGAGGUUUUUCCUUUCUGUAGCUUGGCAUUGUUGGCCGAACGGGAUCUGGCAAGUCUAGUCUCUUCCAAGUACUGUUUCGCAUGGUCAACAGAUUCGAAGGAGCUGUACUUCUAGACGGUAUCAGUUUGGCUUCUGUACCAUUGAACAUUCUACGGUUGGUAUUUCUGUGCCUGCCUAGUUUGAUGUGCUGCCUGUUUCUUCACUGUAACUACUUCCGACUGUAAUGCAAGGUUAAAUAUCGACAAGGCGUUCCCCUUUAUCCCGUAUUAAACUUAAUCUUGUACGCUGCAAUCGUGUGGUACCCGACACCAACGAACCCUGUAUGUAUAGUUGGUUUCAAUUCUGGUGUCCUUGCACAGAAAACGGAUUUCAGCACUUUCAUGAUGGCCUUAGUAGCUGGCCAUUUUCUUGGAUGGCGAUGAAGAUAAAUUUACGGUAAUUUCUCUCCCGGCUUCACCGCGAAUUUCUCUUGGCAAACGAAACCACGCAACAGCUGCGCACGCUAUGGUCCUGGUAGUGUUGCUCCGCAGAAUGCCGUUUGUUUUAUUGUACCAGGUCGAUGAUGAUGAUGUUGUUCAUAUGUCUUAAUCUAAAUGUUUUUCAAUUAAUUUCUCUGAUCUUGACAGGCAUACAUAAGUUCUGUGUCUUCUGUUUUUUCGUAGAUCGCGGUUGGCUAUUAUUCCUCAGGAUGCUUUUUUGUUUAGCGGUGGAGUGCGAAAUAAUCUUGACCCGUGGGGGAAGGUAAACUUUCACUGGAAAAAGAUUUGUGAUUGCGGUAGCGUAUUCUAUACUAUUUGUGCAUGCAAAAUUUGCCUGGGAACUUCCGAUCAAAAGAAUCAUGAAUAGUUAAACGUUCUAAUAGAUUUGGGAUCAAAGAUUAACACAUGAAGGUUUCUAUGUAUUUGCACUCUCAGUCUGUCCGCCUGCGCAGAAAUCAGCGAGAGUUUGGAAACUGUUGAAGUGCUUUAAACAAAGUAGGGAGAGAAAAGGAAAUGAACUAUAAUACUAUGACACUCAAGUAGGUUUGUGUUUAGUCCGUUCUUUUGCUUUGCUUUUCACAGCAUUCUGACUCGCAGUUAUGGACAGUUUUCGAUCGUUGUCACCUGGAACACGCUGUAAGACAACUCGCUAUGUUUACAACAUAGGGUUUUUGUUGACUUGUUUGUAAUCACGCAGUCUUCUGUGUAGGAGCCUGACAGAUUAGGUAAUUUGUGAGGGAAUCUUCCAUUAGCUAAUGAUGACAAAGGAGAUUGUUAUAUGUUUCGAGAGUACUGUGUUUUUAUAUUUUUUUUAGACAACUGUCUCGUUGUAUGUUUUUAGACAAUUGUUCGUGAGCUGCUCGUUAAUCGUCCAAAAUGCCAAGAAAAAAAUUGUACAAGACUUAGAGCGUGGCCUUUCCAAUAGGCUUUAAAGCGUUAUACGAAAACUGAGGAUCAGCUGAAUUUCAGUUCUUCACUGCUCUAUAUCUCUCCAGGGGGCCUGGACGCUGAUGUCGGUGAACGUGGCCGUAAUUUUUCAGUUGGUCAGCGGCAGCUCAUCUGUUUAGCCAGAGCACUUUUGACGCGAUCGAAGGUA